CUUCAACAUUCUUGCAUUCCCCUAAGGAAACCCCGUCCUUACUCCCCUCACGCGCCCUUCCAAAGCGCGUGACUUUUCAUCUUCAUUUUCCAAGCGCCAAAAGAAAAAAAAAUAAAACCCCUUCCGUCCCUUUUUUCCAUAUUCAACAAAAAAAAAAAAAAAAAGAAAAAAGAAACAGAGACUCAUUCCUCUGUUCCUUCCCCUGUUUCUUCCUCCUCACAACAAUCAAUGCACGCCAAAUCGUACUCUGAGGUCACGAGCAUGGACCAAUCCUCGCCGGCGCGAUCACCGCGCCGGCCGCUUUACUACGUGCAAAGCCCCUCGAACCACGACGUCGAGAAAAUGUCGUACGGGUCGAGCCCAAUGGGUUCGCCGCCGCACCAUUUUUACCAUGCUUCUCCAAUCCACCAUUCUCGUGAGUCAUCCACUUCACGAUUCUCUGCUUCGCUUAAGAACAACCCAAAUCGGAAUGGGAAUCUCUCGGCUUGGAGAAAACUCCACCGUCCCCAGGAUUCCGAUGAUGACGAGGAAGACGAUGAGGACGAGGAAAACGAUGAUCGGGAUUCGAAAUGGAAUCGGAAGUUUCGGCUGUACUUGUUUUUGUUUCUGUUGUUUGUUCUUCUUUUCACUGUCUUUUCCCUCAUCCUUUGGGGCGCUAGCAGGUCCUUCCACCCUCAAAUCCUUAUUCAGAGUAUGGUGUUCGAGAAGUUUAACGUACAAGCAGGGAGUGAUCCGGGUGGUGUAGCAACAGAUCUGAUGUCAUUAAAUUCAACGGUCAGGAUUACGUACAGAAAUCCUGCCACGUUUUUCGGUGUCCACGUCAGCUCCACUCCAUUUCAUCUCCAGUAUUACCAGCUCCAAAUAGCCUCUGGCCAGAUGGAGGAGUUCUACCAAAAAAGGCAAAGCUCUCGGAGGGUGAAGACAUCGGUGGCAGGGCACCAAAUCCCGCUCUACGGCGGGAUCUCGGCAAUAGGAAAUUGGCGAGACCAACGACAGGACGGGGUUGGGGUCGAGAUACCGCUAAACCUCACCGUGGCUGUGAGGUCUAGAGCUUACAUUCUAGGGAGGUUGGUGAAGUCUACAUUUCAUACAACAAUUACAUGUCCUAUCACUCUUAGCACCAAGAAGCUUGGAAAAUUUCACUCUUUCAACAAUUCUUGCACUUAGAAUUGAACUUCCCAUUCUCCUAAUUUUGAGUUUCUUCACAAUUUUUGGUAAGAUUUCAUGUGAUUUCUAUGUAAGUAUAUUUCAAACAUAUUAUGAAAUUUUUGUUGCCUUUUUUGAAUAUUUUUUUACCACCUUUUUCUUUUUUUUCAUCUCUUCUUGUGUGUAUCUU